GUCGGCGUAGUGUCAUGAGAGGCGGUCUGACGGUCCGCCCUUUUAAUCGGUCCCUCCUGAAGUCAUGCAUGUCGCGCCCUUCAAACGAGCUACCGUUGGACAUGACCCGCAGACGAACAACGGCAGUCAGGCACAGCAACAACAGCAACAACUUCAAUGGUUGGGAAGUCCAGGUGAAACGACGGUCGUAUCAAGGGCUGCUCGGAGUAACAACAGCAACGGUGGUAACGGUAGUGGGUGGGAAGGGAUUAAAUCAUCGUCGUUACCGCAACAUCAACAACAACAACAACAAUUGCGGAGGCACCAAGAAGAGCAACAAGGCGAAUCUGGAGGUGUGGGGGAUGACGAAGACGGGGGUGGAGGGAGCGGAGGGUUGGAGGGGACGGACCCAGAGGCGAACCACGCUGUUCACCUCAAGAGACGGGUGGGACUCGUCAGUGGGGUGGCUUUAAUCGUUGGCACCAUGAUCGGAUCAGGGAUAUUCGUUUCGCCAUCGGGCCUUCUAGUUCGAACCGGCAGCGUCGGAGUUAGCUUUUUCGUAUGGACGGCCUGUGGGCUUUUGAGCUUGUGCGGUGCACUCGCUUACGCAGAGCUUGGCACGAUGAACACCAGCAGCGGCGCCGAAUACGCUUAUUUCAUGGACGCCUUUGGUGCACCACCGGCUUUCCUUUUCUCCUGGGUAUCCACCCUGGUAUUGAAACCAUCGCAAAUGGCGAUAAUCUGCCUCUCCUUCGCCCAAUACGUCGUUGAAGCUUUCGUAGCGGACUGCGAUCCUCCCGAUGAGGUGGUCAAGCUGGUCGCCCUCCUUGCGAUCGUUCUCAUACUUCUGGUGAAUUGUUACAGCGUUAAUCUGGCAACCGGAGUACAAAAUGCUUUCACCGCAGCGAAACUUAUUGCUAUACUUGUAGUUAUCGUCGGCGGUGCGUACAAGUUGAUACAGGGAAACACGCAACACCUGAAAGGAGCCUUAGAUACCAUGGACGGUAGUAACAUCAACUUCGGUAGACUCGCUACCGCUUUUUAUACGGGUCUAUGGGCCUAUGACGGCUGGAAUAAUUUGAAUUACGUUACGGAGGAAAUCAAGGACCCAUCGAAGAAUCUACCGAGGUCUAUUAUGAUCGGGAUACCUCUCGUUACGCUUUGUUACGCGCUGAUUAAUGUUUCUUAUUUGGCGGUCAUGUCGCCUACUGAAAUGAUUGAAAGCGAGGCUGUUGCUGUGACAUUUGGUAAUCGGAUACUCGGCGUAAUGGCAUGGCUUAUGCCUUUAUCGGUUGCUAUAAGCACUUUUGGUUCUGCAAACGGAACUCUUUUCGCGGCAGGUAGACUUUGUUUUGCUGCAUCUAGAGAAGGACACUUGCUCGAUUGCUUGAGUUAUGUACAUGUGCGCCGUUUUACGCCUGCGCCAGGCCUUAUAUUUCAUUCUAUCGUUGCAGGUGCAAUGGUCGUUUCUGGAAAUAUAGAUUCCUUAAUUGAUUUCUUUUCCUUUACCGCUUGGAUUUUCUAUGGUGGAUCGAUGUUAGCUUUGCUGGUGAUGAGAAGAACUAGACCAAAUCAUCCAAGACCUUACAAAUGUCCUUUGAUUAUACCCGCACUUGUACUUGUAAUCUCUGCGUACCUGAUAGUGGCUCCCAUUAUCGACAAGCCUCAAAUCGAGUACUUAUAUGCAACCGGAUUUAUUUUCGCAGGCAUGUUUGUUUAUCUUCCCUUCGUGAAAUAUGGAUAUGUGCCGAAAUUUAUGGAAGGAAUAAAUGCUUUUCUUCAAAUGUUACUAGAGGUGGCACCGACCGCAGCUGCUUUCGAUUGAUUCCAAUAUAAAACAUCGAAAAUUGUUUUUUAAAGAUCUUAUCAUUCCACUAUGGCAUAUUUAAAAUGUACAUGUGAGAAUAUAUUUUUAAUGUAACUACAGAAAACAAAAACACCGUUUUAUCGAUGAUCAAAGUUUACUUGGGUUUAUCCAAGAAAACAUACAUGAAAAUAUUAUUUUAUUACUCGUUAUUCUUCUUACAUAAUAUACAAUAUAUAGAGGACGUUGUUAGGCAUAGUUGAUUGAUGUUGUAAUGACAACGAUGAGUUAACAAAAGAUAUUUUAAAUGUU